CUGAAGGACAAAUGAAUGACAGAUGACCUGCUGGCUUGGUUGGGGUUCCCUUGGAAGGCAUGGGGGUUUUUUUUCCCUGCUGUAACAACCCCCUUUCUGCUCCCAGGGGACGUUGGGAACUACUAUUAUGGCCAAGGCCAUCCCAUGAAACCCCACAGGAUCCGGAUGACCCACAACCUGCUGCUGAACUACGGCCUCUACAGGAAGAUGGAGAUCUAUCGUCCUCACAAGGCAAAUGCAGAGGAGAUGACCAAGUACCACAGUGAUGACUACAUCAAAUUCCUGAGGUCCAUCCGCCCUGACAACAUGUCUGAGUACAGCAAGCAGAUGCAAAGAUUUAACGUUGGGGAGGACUGCCCUGUGUUUGAUGGGCUGUUUGAGUUCUGUCAGCUCUCUGCUGGAGGCUCUGUGGCCAGUGCAGUGAAGCUGAACAAGCAGCAGACAGACAUUGCAGUGAACUGGGCAGGAGGCCUCCACCACGCCAAGAAGUCGGAGGCUUCUGGCUUCUGUUACGUCAACGACAUCGUCUUGGCCAUCCUGGAGCUCCUGAAGUAUCACCAGAGGGUGCUGUACAUCGACAUCGACAUCCACCACGGGGAUGGUGUGGAGGAGGCCUUUUACACCACGGACCGUGUCAUGACCGUGUCCUUCCAUAAGUACGGGGAAUACUUCCCAGGAACAGGGGACCUGCGGGACAUUGGUGCAGGCAAAGGCAAGUACUACGCUGUGAACUAUCCCCUCCGGGACGGCAUCGACGACGAGUCCUAUGAAGCCAUAUUCAAGCCUGUGAUCUCCAAAGUCAUGGAGACAUUCCAGCCGAGUGCUGUUGUCCUGCAGUGUGGAUCAGAUUCCCUCUCCGGGGACAGGCUGGGCUGCUUCAACCUCACCAUCAAAGGUCAUGCCAAGUGUGUGGAGUUUGUGAAAAGUUUUAACUUGCCCAUGCUGAUGCUGGGAGGGGGCGGCUACACCAUCAGGAACGUGGCCAGGUGCUGGACCUAUGAGACUGCUGUGGCUUUGGACACCGAAAUUCCCAAUGAGCUUCCAUACAAUGACUAUUUUGAGUACUUCGGGCCAGACUUCAAGCUCCACAUCAGCCCCUCGAACAUGACCAACCAGAACACCAACGAGUACCUCGAGAAGAUCAAGCAGCGCCUCUUCGAGAACCUGCGCAUGCUCCCGCACGCCCCCGGGGUGCAGAUGCAGCCCAUCCCCGAGGAUGCUGUUCAGGAGGACAGCGGAGAUGAAGAGGAAGAUGACCCUGAGAAACGCAUUUCAAUCCGCAAUUCCAACAAGAGAAUAUCCUGUGAUGAGGAAUUCUCUGACUCUGAGGACGAAGGGGAAGGAGGGCGCAAAAACGUCGCCAACUUUAAGAAAGCCAAGCGUGUGAAGGCAGAGGAGGAAAAGGAGGAAGAGGAGAAAAAAGAUGAGAAGGAAGAGGAAAAAGCGAAAGAGGAGAAAGCAGAACCCAAAGGGGCGAAGGAAGAGCCAAAAUCCACCUGAGCUGGACGGGCCUGUCCGUGCGUAGUUUGUCGUAGGUUUUUAGCUCCCGGGUUGCCUCCUAUUCCACAGGAUUUAUAUUUUAUAUAUGUUUCUGUAUAUAUUUCUAUAUAAUUGUAUAAAUGACUUGAGGACUGUAAAUUAUUCCUUGCUGCACUCC